UACUACUGAUGCUGCCCACCUGAAGCCACUUCCUAAAGCAGUAAAGCAAUACGGCAUCACUUCGGCCCUAAAGAUAGAGGUCUGGAAUGAAAGAGAAAAGUGAACAUGAUGAAAAGCCAAAAAAUCCAUAUAGCCAUACAGACUGAGAAGCUGCCUUGAGAAAGGGCUGCAUUCCUGCCUCCUCCCUAAGCCUGCUGUGCUCAUUGGCUGUACGUGGUGUGUCGGCUUCUUCUGCCUUGCAAACAGAAAUCGGGACAAAGAAGGUGGCUGUAGGUAGGGGAAUUAGUCCCAAAUGAGCUCAGGCUCAGGGUCUCUGAGCUCCCUGGCAUCGUUCUGGCCCUCCUCAAUGCACUGCCUGCAAGUACUCAGCACCCACAGCCAGACUGAAAGGUUAAGAGGAGGCUCCAACCAAAACGUUUGGGCAGGUGGGAACUGCAGAGUCAGCAUGAAAUCAGGGCUUGGAGGAUGGCUUCACUUCCAGUCAAGCACAGUCAGUGACUGGUUGGAGCCACAGUCGGUAGCGGCUCUAGGUGACUUCUGGUGUGUCCCUGCUGUGAGAGGAAGGUGGCACAUCACGCAGGACUGCGUUGUCUGCACAAAGUACUGCAAAUUCAUUUUUUAUUGCCAUACUGUAACCUCUCAGGUGUCUUCCCCUGGUCUCAGAUGGGACCAGCCUUAACGGCUGGUAUGACGCUGCGUUCGGAGUUCUAGAGAAAAACGACGUUGCUAACGCAGCGAUGUUUUAGUUGUCGCUAAGCAGUGCUGCGCGGAGCUACGGACCUGCCCGGCCUAGGAGCAGCAGGAGUCCUCUCUGCAUCCUUGCACCCUGAGCGCUGCCGCCGAGGUUUUGGAAGCGGACUUUUGCCUUCUCACAGCCAAAAGCGGCUCCGCACGACCCGGGAGCACCGCCCGAGUGUGCCCGGCGGCGGGGGCAAAAUAGGGGGCGGCUCCGCCAGCGCGGAGCGCUCACCACCACCACCACCGGCGGCCCCGCCCCGGCGUAGGGGUUCCCGUCGGGGCAGCUCCCCCACUCGCCCGCCCCCGGGGCCACGCUACCCCCGGGCGGGCCGCCCCCUGCCCGGUCCCAUAUAGCCGCGGGGGGCCGGCGAGCCGCUCGCCCCGACGGCGCCGGGAGAGGAGGGCGGCGCACCGACUCCUCGCCUUCCCCUCAGACCUCGCUCUACCUGCUGCCCCCCGGUAUGGCGCUGACCCUGGCCGGCGAACUGGGCCCCGCAACGGACGCCACGGACGCGCUCGGGCUGAGCCCCGCCGGGCUCGCCGCCUACUACCCGCCGUUCCUGCCCCCGGCGCAGUACUUGGAGGCGGCCCCCGACUAUUUCCAGCCCCCGGGCCGCCUGCUGCCCCCCUCCCCUCCGAUGCCUCCCUUCGGCAUCCCCGCGUUCCUCGGCCUCCAGCCGCCCCUUUCGGCCCCGCCGCCCCCCGCCCAGGCUCCGGCUGAUACCCCGCUGCGGGCAGCCCGGCCUGCGGGGGGCUGCGAGCCGGCGGAGCAGAGCCGCAGGUUCCACUUCAGCGAGGAGGAGCUGAACGCGGUGCUGUACGGGGCGCUGCGCAGUCCCCAGCUGCCCGGCGGGCUGCACGCCAUCUCGGGGCUCCGCGUGCCCCCCGCCAGCCCUGGUGCCGCUCGAUCUCCCCCGGCUCCGCCGCCCGACGGGGACGCGCUGCAGCUGCCCGAAGGGCUGGCAGUGCUGCGCGUGGCCUACGGGGACAUUUGGCACCUCGGGGUGUUCUGCACCGCCCCCAUCCCCAAAGGAGUCCGCUUCGGUCCGUUCCAAGGCAAAGUGGUCAACACCACCGAGAUCAAGACUUACGACGACAACUCGUUGAUGUGGGAGGUCUUCGAGUACGGGCAGCUGAGCCACUUCAUCGACGGCAAGGGCGCAGCCGGCAACUGGAUGUCUCUGGUAAACUGCGCCCGGUUCCCCGAGGAGCAGAACCUGACGGCCCUGCAGUGCCAGGGGCAGAUCUUCUACGAGACCUGCCGGGAGAUCGCGCCCAAGGAGGAGCUGCUGGUGUGGUACGGGGAAUGCUACGUCCAGUUCCUGGGCAUCCCCAUCAGCCUGAAGGGAAUGCCGGAGGCGGGGCGGCCCCCGCAGCACCCCGAAGGCGCCGGGGAGAGCUUCAAAUGCGACCGCUGCGGGAAGGUGUUCGCCUACCGCUACUACCGGGACAAGCACCUCAAGUACACGCGCUGCGUGGACCAGGGCGACAGGAAAUUCCCCUGCCACCUCUGCAGCCGCUCCUUUGAGAAGAGGGACCGGCUGCGCAUCCACGUGCUGCACGUCCACGAGAAGCACAGACCCCACAAGUGCUCGGUGUGUGGGAAGAGCUUCUCGCAGUCCUCCAGCCUGAACAAACACAUGCGGGUUCACUCCGGGGAGAGACCCUACAAAUGUGUCUACUGCAAUAAGGCAUUUACAGCCUCCAGCAUCCUGCGCACACACAUCCGCCAACACUCAGGGGAGAAGCCCUUCAAGUGCAAGCACUGCGGCAAAGCCUUCGCCUCACACGCGGCACACGACAGCCACAUGCGGCGCACGCACAGCAAGGACAAGGGCAGCACCUGUGCGGUGUGUGGCCAGCAUUUCCCAGAGCUGGAGGAUUACCGCUUCCACAUGAACGUCCACGCUGCUGCUCAUUAGCUGGGAGUCCUUUCCUGGAUCAGCUUUGUGGGUGUAUUGGUGCACGUGUGCGUAUGUUGGUUGUGUGCAUGCUGCAGGAGGCAUUGACUCUCAUGGCAGUCUAAAAUACCUUUGUGUGUGCAGACAGCUGGUUUAUUGUAUGCUGACUAUGCACUGGGGUGAGUUCUAACACACACUGACCCACUCCUUCCUCCAUGCUCCCUUCUUUUUUCAGGAGCAUCCCUUCCCCAAAAGCCUCCUGUGAGUAUCAUUGUAAUGGAUAUUACCAGACCUAAUUAACUGCAGCUAUGGGCUGCCUGGUGCUGUCUGUGCCAAGGCUUGUUUGAGAGGUGUUCUUAGCAAGUAUGUGUACCAAAGAUGGUUUAACCUAUUUGUUUUAUUUAGGCACAUGACCUGGUGUGGGUUCUGUCUCUUUGUAGCGUGUAAGUCUUUUAAUGAGUCCCUAUUUGAUAGAGAAUGCUGCUGGAGCAGCAUAAGAGUAUUUAAUUGUGGCUUCAGGGCCAGCUGAGCUGACUACGGAGCUCUGGGAGCAGUGACACCAACUCUUUCUUAGCCCAGAAGAGAGGGGUGGGGUGUAUAGAAAUGGCUGCAGGUGUGUGAAAUGGCUCCAGCAGUGCUGUGAGGUGGUGGUUGUGUUGUAACCUACUCUAUAUCUGCAGAAGACCAAGCUUGAAGUGGUUCUGGAACACUGACAGCUCUCCCAGGUGGGCUGUGGGCACUCUUAGCAUUCUGUAGCAGCUUUGCACUGGGCUUGGCACAUGCCAGGGGUAGGCACAAUUUCACCCCUAGGCUCCUCUGUAUUGAGGCAUAAAGGUUUUUAAUCAACUCUGGUACCUCACUUAAGGAAAGGGAGAAAACCCUUUUCCCAUCUUCACUUUAAUGAGAGAUGUGUACAGCAGUCUUGGGGCUUCUCAAUCCACCGAUCUCUCUGCAUGCGAAAUUCCCUCCCCAAACCAUGGGCAAGCCUUUACUUUGGGUGAGAGCUGGAGAGUUUUGCCCCGUGUUUCUCACUGACAAUGCAAGUUCAGACUGACAUGUGGGCUUUGUGUCGAUUUCUUUUUAGCAAAAGGAAAAGGGUUGCUCAUAAAAAUGCCUUUUGUUUUCUAUAGAAGAAGCUGCUCAUUUAGCUAUGGGUGAAGAAUGACUUCGAUGAAAACUGAGUUUGCUUUCUUUUGUGCUCUGACUUGAGUAACCUCAUGCGUCCUGUCUUGCAGUACCUACAAACCAUCCCAGAUGAAGCUUUCUCAGUAGAUAUUAUCGAAUGGCUAAAAUACUUUCAGCAUAAAAUCCCUUGUGAUACUUGUUGCAAAAUAGUCCCCAAAUCGGUAACUGUGGCAUUCCCUGGCAAUGUGAAAUCUCUGCUCAUGUGGAGGAGAUCAGCACUGAUGGACCACUGUGCAUGGGAGGCACAGAGCCCUCCUCCAUCUGUCAGUGCUGGGCAGGGACUGUGUUUCCACAGGAGGCUCCUGUGUCGAUGCUGUGCUGCACACAGGAGACAGUAGGCAGCCCUCACUGGUGCUUUAAUGCAGGUAGUUUGGUGUUUUGGGGGACAAUAAGGUUCUCUUAUAUCCUAGGUCACCUAGGAUUACCAAGGACUUUUUGAGCAUAAGUACAGAAACUGAAAGUGUAUUCUGUGCCUGACAACUUUUAAUACCUCUUUAAAUACAAUAUAAAACUGGAAGUUACUUGCACAUUCUGUCUUGCAGAUACUGUAUAAGUACAUGUAUUGACUUGCACUAACUUUUAUAUGGCUUGUUGUAUUUUAAGUUGUGUUGUCCUCAUUUUCAUGGUGAAAAUUGAAAAUAGAAAUAUAUAUAUUAUAUAUAGAACAAUUUGUAAGUAAAAUAUUGAGGCCCAGCACUGGGCAGCAUCUGAAAUAAGCAAUCCAUGGAUGAAUGCAGCUGAGGGAACUGAGCCUUAGUUACAGCAGCCUGCCUACAUACAGGUAUUUUCUCUCAUGCAUCUACAGCCCUGGGUGAUAGAAAUGUGAAUUAUGCAUGGGAAGGUUUUGCUGAUUUGGGCCCAUAACUCCAGGUUUGUUAAUAUCAUCAGCUGCUUAUUGAAAGAAAGUUGUGACUGAGAAUGGAUGAGAAGUGCUGUGGUACUUAGUUAUGGGGGUUGUUUCAGUGGUGCAUCCUCUGCAGCGCCUUAAUAGCUGUGUGUGUGUUCUCUUACGUAAAGAAAACCCCCAUCUACCUUGUCCACAAAUAUUAUUAGCAUUCUUCUACAGCAUUGUGUGAUGAGUUGCCUGUAAAAGAGUACGUGAAGAGUUUUGCUUGUCCUUGUGACUUGAGGUACCUCUUGUCUUGCUCAUUAAACUCAUAUAUGUAAAUGUUUUAUGAUAAUUACUUUUCACAGAAAGGAAGAAAAUAAAUUAUUUGGGGCUCUGGUA